CCUAAACCGAAGUUUUCCCCUGUCCUAGUCUUCUUGGGACCUUCUCAACUGGAUAAGCAGUUAUGACAGAUGGAUGGAAGUACAGUAUGUGGUAAUCAUUAUAUAUAAUGACGUGAAUAAAAUGACCUAAAAUGUAGAUAUUGGUUAAAAGGAAAGCUGCUUAACGAUUCUAUAAAUCUUCAACAUAUCUAACAGACCGUAAAUUUGUCAAGUCACCCUCGUCUGGAAAAUUGUUAAGGUUGCUUCUUUACAGGCAAUGAAUGGAAACUAUGCUGAAACAACUGAUACGUGGGAAAGCAUUAUUUUUCAUUAUAGUCCUUGGCAUUGGAGGAUCCUUUCAAAAUGGAUUUCACGUCACAGUAAUCAGUUCACCUUCACCUUACAUCCAGGAUUUCAUCAAUAGGAGCUGGUUCGAGCGUUAUGAGGAGCCGCUGCCGAAAUACAGCCUCACCUUCAUCUGGUCCGCCGCCGUGAGUCUGUACGGCGUGGGCGGCCUCAUCGGCUCUAUGUGCGUCAAGUACUUUGCAGGUAGAUUCGGAAGGAAGGGGGCAUUGAUGUGGAACGACGCGAUCAGCAUCGUGUCCGCACUGAUAAUGUUCUCUAGUAAAUUUUUGAAUUCCUUUGAAAUGGUCAUUCUUGCGAGGUUCUCUUACGGAUUUGCAGCAGGGUUAGGUUUAUUUGUUCAUAUGAUGUACCUGGGGGAGAGUUCUCCUACAAAACUCAGAGGAAUGGUCACCCUGACAUCUGCCACAUUCUUCGCCAUUGGAAAACUGUCAGGACAGCUUGCUGGCCUAAAGGAGUUCUUAGGCCAUGAGAGUUUGUGGAACGUUCUGCUCUCUGUUCCUGGGAUUCUCGCUUUCAUUCAGCUGGUGGCGCUCCAGUUCCUUCCAGAGGCACCCAGGUACUUACUGAUAGACAAAGACAACAAGGAAAUGUGUCAAAAAGCCCUGCAGACCCUGUGGGGUGUCGGAGAAUACAAGGUGGAAAUCGAGGAGAUGAUGCUGGAGCAGGUCGCUAUAAAAGGACAGCCAUCCAAGAGCCUGGUGGGCCUGCUGAGGGAUCACCUCGUCCGCUGGCAGCUCGUCACCAUCAUGGUCAUCACUUUCUCAAUCCAGUUCUCGGGUUUGUCUGCGAUCGGUUCCUUCUCCUACUCACUCUUGAUGGAAGCGGGCAUCCCGACGGAUAAGAUCCGAUAUGUCACCCUGGGGCUGGGAGUUUCAGAAGUUAUGACCUCCAUCGUGUGUGGGAACAGCUAUUGGAUUCCGUACUCUACAGUGGGCCUGAUAUUCCUUUUUUUAAUAUUCUGCGGUGGACCAACUGGAGUGAUGCCUCCCUUCAGUCAUGAGAUAUUCGUACAGUCCUAUCGGCCGGCUGCCUUCGUCUUCUCCGGGAUACUCAGGUGGUUGGGAUUCUUCAUAAUGGGAAUGGUCUUUCCCUUCCUGCUUGCAUCUUUGAAGUCCUUCAGCUUUCUGCUGUUUGCCAGUGUCUGUCUGUUGGGGGCGCUGUAUGUCUUUUUCCUGGUGCCCGAAACGAAGGGAAAAACUCUCCUUGAAAUAUCGGAGGAGUUUAAGAAGAUCCACAUAUACAGGCCUUCACUGAGUAAAGACGUGGUUUUGGAGACGAGGCUGUAAAACCGGCCGUCUGUUUGCUUUGUGCCAAAACUGCAGAAGCAGGUCUCGUGAAAGACCCAGUUCCUAGGGUUUGAAUCUCUUAAAAAUUCAUACUUUAAAUGGUAUUCUUUGCACGUUCCCAUGGCAACAAGAACAAGAAAGCCAUGCAUGUUUAAGUUUCUGGCCAUUUAUCCCUGACUUUCCGGCUCAAAUUUAACUGGAAGCAAAUUUUGAAACAUUUCAGCUGUUCGGCACAUUGCGCCUUUCUGUGAAUGCAGCCUGUUUGGUUUUAUUUAGUACAGAUUGAAAACUUAAACUUAGCCUGACGCCUUAAGUAUUUAAUUGCCUGCAGAUUAGAUCUUUAUUGUAGUUUGUAAAAAUAUUUACCUUCAAAUAAUUAAUGGAUUUACUUUUUUGUGCAUUUUGUUUUUGCAAACAAUAAAAUCAACUUCUAACAGA